AUGUUUAGGCAGUCGAAGAAGAGGGUCUCUAUGAGGCGGAACUUUGCGGAGGACCGAGGUGAUGCCUCCGCAAUCAUUAUCGGAGCCACCACCACUGAGGAAGAGAAGAAGCUGUACCAGAGGAUAUACGAGAACAAGCUGUCCUUUUAUGACAUACCUCCGCAAGGGGAGAUCACGCUGGAGGAGUUCGAGAUAUGGGCCAUUGACAGGCUGAAGCUGCUGCUGGAGAUAGAGUCCUGUCUGGCGCGGAACAAGACUUUGAAAGAGAUCGAGGGUAUAAUCAAACCCUUGUUCAAGAAGUACAACAUAUUCAACAACAUGGACACGUUCGAGGACAGAAAGAAAGAGUACUACUCCCAUUUCAUCCUGAGACUCUGCUUCUGCAAGUCAAAGGAACUAAGAGACAAGUUCGUGAGGAUAGAGACCAUGCUGUUGCGGUUGCGGUUCAAUAUGCUGUCCUCGACAGACCAAGCAAAAUUCGUCAAGUCUUUAAACUUGCCCAGCUUACAAUUCAUCGACGAAGAAGAGAAGGCCGAACUCUCCACACAGUUGUACCAAACCAUCUCCAGAGACUUACAGUUCACGUUAAACUUGGCAGACGAACAGCAAAGGCAACUUUAUUUCAAAAAUGAGAAAUUCAUUAAACUGCCCUUUGAAAGUGUGAUAGAACUGGUAGGGAAUAGACAGGUGUUCUUGAAGAACGGUUACGCAUACUUGCCACAAUUCCAACAACUGAACCUGAUAGCUAAUGAGUUCUCCACCAAACUACAAGAAGAACUAAUUAAAACAUACCAAUACUUACCAAGAUUGAACGAGGACGACAGACUGAUACCCAUUCUUAACCACUUGUCAUCAGGCUACACUAUUGCGGACUCAGGUAGUUUCGAUAGCCAGUUCGGGAAUAACGAAGAUAACGAGAUAAACGCCAAAUCCGUAUGGAGUGAAGAAAUAAGUAAACACUAUCCACUCUCAGUUAAAAACCUAUUCUAUGGGCUAAAGGAAAACAACCAUUUAAGAUAUCAUGGAAGACAACAACUAACUUUGUUCUUGAAAGGUAUCGGCUUAUCCGUUGAUGAGGCACUUAAAUUUUGGCAUGAUGCUUUCACAAAGAACAACAAGAUGACAACUGAGAAAUUUAACAAGGAAUACAGAUACAAUAUUAGACAUAGUUAUGGUCUGGAAGGUAACCGAAUUAAUUACAAACCAUGGGACUGUAGAACGAUCUUAUCAAAACCGAGGCCAAAUAGAGGAGAAUACCAUGGUUGCCCCUUCAGAGAUUGGAAUCAUGACCGUCUUACAAGUGAAUUAUCCAAAAUGGGUCUCACGACUCAGCAAAUAACUGAUGUAUUGGAUUCAUGUGACAAACAUGAAUACACUAUUGCAUGCACUAAAGUGUUUGAGAUGACUCACAACGUCCCAGAGGGGGAAUCAAUGCAUAUAUCACAUCCAAAUCUAUAUUUUGAAAGAUCAAGACAACUUGAGAAGAAAGCAAAGGGUGAGAAAAUUUAA